CUCCAUCCAUCCCUGCGCAGUCGGAGGGGCCGGAGAGCGGAGCGGGAGCCCUGCCCUGCCCUGCCCGCCGCCAUGAGCGCAGGCAAAGCAGGCAUCCCCCUCCUGCUCCCCCUGGCCCUGCUGCUGGCUGCCGCCUCGCAGCCCCCCGGGGGGGACCCCCCGAAGGAGGGGGGGGACGGGGAAGGUCCGCGCUGCCCCAGCCCCUGCGCCUGCAGCCUGGACGAUUACAGCGAGGAGCUGAACGUCUUCUGCAGCGGCCGCAACCUCACCCGCCUGCCCGAGGACGUGCCCCACAACGCCAAAGCCCUGUGGCUGGACGGCAACAACUUCACGCUGCUGCCGGCCGCCGCCUUCAGGAAUUUGUCGGCCCUGGACUUCCUGGACCUGCAGAGCAGCCAGCUGGGCUCCGUGGAGCAGCACGCCUUCCAUGGGCUGCGCAGCCUCUACCACCUGCACCUGGAGCGCAACCGGCUCAGGCACCUGGCCCCGCACACCUUCCUGCACACGCAGAACCUCGUGUCCCUCAGCCUCAACAACAACCACUUCAGCAAGGUGGAGGAAGGGCUCUUCGCCGGGCUCUCCAACCUCUGGUACCUGAACCUGGGCUGGAACUCGCUGGUGGUGCUGCCUGACAAGGUGUUCCACGACUUGCCCAACCUGAGGGAGCUGAUCCUGGCCGGCAACAAGCUGCCCUACCUCCAGCACCAGCUCUUCUGCAGCCUCACCGAGCUGAAGGAGCUGGACCUGAGCGGGAACGCGCUCAAGGGCAUCAAGAUCAACAUCUUCGUCAAGCUGCAGAAGCUGCAGAAGCUGUACCUGAACCACAACCAGAUCAACGCCAUCGCCCCCCGCGCCUUCAUGGGCAUGAAGUCCCUGCGGUGGCUGGACCUGUCCCACAACCGCCUGGUCUCGCUCUACGAGGACACCUUCCUGGGCCUCCUGAGCCUGCACGUGCUGCGCCUGUCCACCAACUCCAUCACCGGCCUGAGGCCCAGGACCUUCAAGGACCUGCAGUUCCUGGAGGAGCUGCAGCUGGGGCACAACCGGAUCCGGGGCCUGGCGGAAAGGACCUUCGAGGGGCUGGGCCAGCUGGAGGUGCUGAGCCUCAACAACAACCAGCUGCAGGACGUCAGGGCCGGGGCCUUCCUGGGGCUGCACAACGUGGCCGUGAUGCACUUGUCCGCCAACUGCAUCAAGGUCCUGCCCGACUUUGUCUUCAAGGGGGUUGCCAAGCUGCACAGCCUCCACCUGGAGCACAGCUGUGUCGGCAGGAUCCGGGCCAACACCUUCUCCGGGCUCUCCAGCCUGCGGCGCCUCUUCCUGCAGCACAACAGCAUCUCCCUCAUCGAGGACCAGAGCUUCAGCGAACUGCACGAGCUCCUGGAGCUCGACCUGAAGCACAACAGGCUGAGCCACCUCUCGCCCCGGCUCUUCACGGGGCUCAGCAACCUGGAGUACCUCUUCCUCUCCUCCAACCAGCUCCUGGAGAUCUCCCAGGACACCUUCAGCCCGCUCCAGAGACUCUUCUGGCUCGACCUGUCCCACAACCAGCUGGAGACACUGGACAACAGCGUCAUCUCCCCCCUGACCAACCUGCGGUACCUCAGCCUGAGGAACAACUCCCUGGAGACCUUCUCGGUGGCGUUCCUGUGCCCGCCCUUCGCCCUGGAGCAGCUGUGGCUGGGGGGCAACAACUGGCACUGCAACUGCUCCCUGAAGGGCCUGCGGGACUUCUCCCUGCAGCACCCGGCCGUGGUGCCGCGCUUCGUGCAGUCGGUGGCCGAGGGGGACGACAGCCACGUCCCCAUCUACACCUACAACAACCUCACCUGCCUGCACCCGCCGGGCCUGGCGGGGCUGGACCUGCGUGACACUGCCCAGGAGAGCUUUGCUCACUGCUGAGCUGGGCUGGCCCUCCCAGGGACCCUCAUCCCGGCCCUGUGGCCGCCCCAGCCAGAGCACAGAUUUGCCACCGCCUCCAGCAGCCGCCUCGCUCAGAAGAUGCUGGAUGGGCACCAGACCCCCUGGGCUUCAAACUGAGUAUUUCAGUCCUUUAAUAUUUAAGUAGCAGCCUCCAGGGCAGAGCGUGGUUGCUCCCAGCUCCCAGCAGGAUAAUCUCUGGAUGGGGGAAUGCUGCACCCCCAGCCCUGCAGCCACAGCAAGGGGCAGCCCUGCCCAGGCCAGGACUUUUAUGAGACAAAAGAAAGCGUUUUCCUGCCAUGGAGGAGGAAAAGAAGCCCCCCUGAGCUUAGGGAAGGGGCAGAGGACUUGCUGCAAUGAUCCCUUGCAGCAGCAGGUGUAGGCAGGGCACAGAAAGCCACUCGUUGCUCACCUGAUAAAUGGCAGCAGACAAAUAAACCUUUGGAGCUAUUGCAA